AGCAGCGACACUGUUUCAAUAAUGUCGUUCGCACUCAAGAAUGUAUGUCUUGCCUUGACCUUGCUCAUCUGUACACAUGGGUGUAAUGGAUUCCGCAUACCUUUCUAUCUUGACUGCGAGACACCGGUCUACGUAGACCCAUGUGCUAAAGAGGAACAACCACGCCAAACUCCGCCAUCUGAUCCCCAACUACCGCAGCAAAUUCCACCAGUAUCCGUUUUGCCAGCGUCUACGUCACUUCAGUCUUCAGUUUCGUCAUCGCCUCAGUCUUCAGUAUCGACGCCACCUCAGUCUCCAGUAUCGACGCUGCCUCAGUCUUCAGUAUCGUCGUCGCCUCAGUGUCUAGAAUCGACGCCGCCUCAGUCUCCAGUAUCGACGCCGCCUCAGUCUCCAGUAUCGACGCCGCCUCAGUCUCCAGUAUCGACGCUGCCUCAGUCUUCAGUAUCGACGCUGCCUCAGUCUUCAGUAUCGUCGUCGCCUCAGUGUCCAGAAUCGACGCCGCCUCAGUCUCCAGUAUCGACGCUGCCUCAGUCUUCAGUAUCAACGCUGCCUCAGUCUUCAGUAUCGUCGUCGCCUCAGUGUCCAGAAUCGACGCCGCCUCAGUCUCCAGUAUCGACGCCGCCUCAGUCUCCAGUAUCGACACCGCCUCAGUCUUCAGUAUCGUCGUCGCCUAAGUCUCUAGAAUUGAAGGCGCCACAAUAUAUAUAUGUAUUGCAAACAUUAUCGCAAGCAUCUCCUUCUUCAACAUCAUGGAAUACAUCAAUAAUACCUUGUAUUCCUAUCGUAGGGAAGACAUAGUUAAUCAAUAUUGUCUUUAAGAUUGCAAAUAUCCUCGGUUACAGAGGAAUAUUGUUUUAUUAUUUAACGAGCAUCGAAAAAGCAACAACAAAAAAUGCCAAAAUCUCUCGGUAUAAUAAUGGCAAAUUAUUAUUUUACGAAAUAGAGGCUUAUUAAAAUAUUUACUUAAUCGAA